GAAGCUGUUUGUUCUGAGAAGUAUCAAGCAUCUCAAACCCUUAACUGGAAAAUGUCAGCUCUUAAUGCUUGCAAUGACUGCCUACAUUUGGAAUCAGUGGGUGAAAUCACUAAAGAGGAGCUGAUUAAGAAGUCCCAUGGUAAAUGCCAGGACUGUAAAGUUGGUGGACCAAAUCUUUGGGCUUGUUUGGAAAAUAGAUGUGCCUAUGUGGGCUGUGGAGAAUCUCAUGCUGAUCAUAGCACUGUUCACUCACAGGAAACCCAACAUAAUCUGACUGUAAACCUCACCACCCUACGCGUUUGGUGCUAUGCCUGUGGAAAAGAAGUGUUUCUGGACAGGAAGCUGAGUCCUCGCUCUCCAGCCCCAACAGCAAAACCUCCUCCAUCUUUCCAAAACCAUGUGCAGGAUACCAAAGUCCCUGGGAUCCCAAUGUUGAAGACUCCUCAGGCUGCUGUCUGUGAUGACCUAGAUACAGAGAUGGAAGAAGAAGAUGAGUUCAGAGCGAGAGGUCUUACAGGACUGAAAAAUAUUGGAAAUACAUGCUAUAUGAAUGCAGCUCUUCAGGCCCUUUCCAACUGUCCUCCUUUGACACAGUUUUUUAUUGAAUGUGGAGGCUUGGUGCGGACAGACAAAAAACCGGCCUUGUGUAAGAGUUAUCAGAAGCUGGUAAUGGAUAUGUGGCACAAGAACAGACCUGGAUAUGUGGUCCCAACUAACCUUUUCCAAGGAAUAAAAGUAGUUAAUCCAAUGUUUCGAGGCUAUUCACAGCAGGAUUCUCAAGAGUUUCUUCGCUGUCUAAUGGACCAGCUUCAUGAAGAGCUAAAAGAGACAAUUGUUGAGCCUGAUGAUGGACCCCAAACCAUCAGCAUGGACGAUAACAUGGAAGAAGACAAGAGCCAGUCUGACAAUGACUUCCAGUCUUGUGAGUCCUGCAGUAGUAGUGACAAGGCAGAAAGUGAAACUAAUGUUAAACAACAUUCAGGUGAAGUGCCUGAAGCAGAAAUGCUUAUCUCAGAUGACAUAAACAACCAGUUGCAUGGCAAAGACUGGCAGAAAGAGAAGAAUCUUAUAAAUAAGCUAUACCGAGUCUGUUCUUCAGAGGAUCUUGAUAAGGAUAUCGACACAGCAAUGGAGUCUUCACCAAUUAUUGGCAACCAAGGUGCUGUCAAGGUACAGAUACAAAGCAGGCGGUCAGAAUGUUACCCGGAUGUAAGUGGGAACAGUACCUCAAGGCCUCAUAGUCCUAUACCUGCUGAAGGGACCAACUCUAAACUGUCCAGUAGUCCUCCAAAGUCUGCAUCCAUGUGGCCUAGCAUUGUUUCGUCACACAAGAAAGUGGCACCUUUACUCUCUCAAAAGAUGAAAAUGCAGAAGAAAUACCGAAGUGUGAUUUCUGAUAUUUUUGAUGGCACUAUUGUCAGUUCAGUUCAGUGCUUGACCUGUGAUCGGGUGUCAGUCACCUUGGAAACCUUUCAGGACAUCUCGCUACCUAUCCCAGGUAAAGAGGACCUGGCCAAGCUACAUUCUUCAACUCACCAGACAUCCCUAGUGAAAGCAGGGUCUUGUGGAGAAGCCUAUGCCCCACAGGGAUGGAUUGCAUUUGUGAUGGAAUAUAUUAAAAGCUGGUUUUGGGGGCCCGUAGUAACUUUGCAAGACUGCUUGGCUGCAUUUUUUGCGAGAGAUGAACUCAAGGGGGAUAAUAUGUACAGCUGUGAAAAGUGCAAGAAGUUAAGAAAUGGUGUAAAAUUCUGCAAAGUACAGAGUCUUCCAGAGAUUCUCUGCAUUCACCUGAAGAGAUUCAGACAUGAGCUGAUGUUUUCUACCAAAAUCGGGACCCACGUGUCUUUCCCUUUGGAUGGGCUUGACCUACAGCCAUUUCUUGCUAAGGACAGCACAGCUCAGAUCUCAACUUAUGAUUUGCUGUCAGUCAUCUGCCACCAUGGAACAGCUAGCAGUGGCCAUUACAUAGCAUACUGCAGAAAUGAUCUGAACAACCUGUGGUAUGAGUUUGAUGAUCAGAGCGUUACUGAAGUCUCGGAAACAAGUGUGCAAAAUGCUGAAGCUUAUGUGCUUUUCUAUAAAAAGAGCAAUGAUGAGCCCCAGAAGGAGAGGAGAAGAGUGUCUAACCUCCUUAACAUAAAUGAGCCAAGUUUGCUGCAAUUCUACAUCUCUCGACAGUGGUUGUUGAAGUUUAAGACAUUUGCCGAGCCUGGCGCAAUUUCUAACAAUGAUUUCCUUUGUGCUCAUGGAGGUGUUCCACCUCAUAAAGCUUCUUAUGUUGACGACUUGGUUUUGAUGCUUCCUCAGAACGUAUGGGAUUAUUUGUACAGUAGGUAUGGAGGAGGACCAGCUGUCAACCAUCUCUAUGUGUGUCAUACCUGUCAGAGUGAAAUAGAGAAGCUUGAAAAAAGGAGAAAAAAUGAAUUGGAUAUGUUUGUUCGGUUGAACAAAGCUUUCCAGGAAGAAGAUGCCCCUGCAGUGAUUUACUGUAUCAGCAUGCAGUGGUUCAGAGAGUGGGAAGGAUUUGUGAAAGGCAAGGACAAUGAACCUCCUGGACCAAUUGACAACACCAAGAUCGCAGUGAACAAAAAUGGUCACAUAACGCUCAAACAAGGUGCUGAUUCUGGACAAAUUUCAGAAGAGACUUGGAACUUCUUACAUUCAAUUUAUGGGGGAGGACCAGAAGUCACCUUACGGCCAAACAUACCACAUCAAGAAACAGAAACCUCCCACACAGAAGAGAAAAUCGAGGUGGAAACCCGUGCAGUGUGAUUUGCUCCCUCUCUGCCAUCAGCCCAGAAUUGCACUUCAGAGGUUCUAUGAGCAUUCCUAAAAGGAAAUGUUUCCAUCUUUAAACAAUAUGGGCAUUGGUAAUACUGACAAUCAUGGGAAAAUGUAUCAAAAUGGUUUGCUCUGUAAAUAUUAGAAACUGUACAUUUCUAAAUUUCUGUAAAAUUGUAAUAGAAUCUAUGCUAGCAUCAUGUUGAGUUUCAGGUUCGGGCACUGAGACACAGAUAGACUAUGAUUUUCCCCUUUAUUAUAAGCUAAUAUUUAUGUAAUCCAAAUUGCAUAAAGAAGAUAAUAAUGGACUAAUAAGGCUUUUCUUAGGCAUAAAUUAUUGUAUUUUAUCAAGAUUUUAAACUCUUCUUGUUGUUAGGGAAAAUAUUAGUGCUGAAGACAUAAUAAACAAAACUAACUUCCUAUGAUUUCUCAGGAAAGAACGGUCUUUUGCACUGUAUUAAAAGUAAAGCAGCAGCAUGCUUUCGUAUCAAAUGCCUGCAAAAAAAACCAAAUUAAGUAUAUUUAAUAUACACUGUUACCUUCCUUUUUAUACAGCAUUUUUUCUUUAUGCUACUACUUUUUUAGAUGUUGAAGUAUAGUUUUUUGGAAGGCAUGAUCAUAAGAAACUAGAAAAACCAAUGAAAUGAGAUGUUCAGAUUUUUUUUUUCUAGUGUUCAGUUUAUUUGCAUGGAUAUGCAGUUUACUGACAGAGAAUUGACAUGUGUGGAAAAUAAAGCCGCCAGCUCUGAAAAGGUGUAUACAAUGUGCAUAGCCGUGAGUGUCAAGAUAUUUUCCAUGUUGCCUCCCGAAAAAGGAAGAUUGUGUCUAUGUAUAUAGGCAUGCCGUUUCUUAUAUGUUGUAAAGUUGGGGGUGGGUUAGGGUGGGGGACGUUGUAUUGAAUUGCUCUAACACAUUGAAAAAUACCUGUGGAAUGCUUACCGUAAAAUAUUUUUCCUUCUAUGGUUAAUAUGAUAACAAUUCAAGAACAAUGAAACAAUAAAAAAAAUACUGACCAAAACGUGUGUCCCUUUUCACAAUCCUUAGAAGUGAUUGGAUGCAUUGUUUGAAAAAUGAAACAAAUUUGGCUAAUGUUAUUAAUUUGAAUUUUUAUUGUUUUAUAGUUAAACAAGUUGUUAAAGGAGUUGCACGUAUAAUGGUGUGCAUUACACUGGUAGUAAUGACCAACCAGUACAAAUUCUGUCAUUAUGUCAUUUUUACUGUAGCUUACUUACUGUGUUGUAGUGGAGGGGUGUGGAGUGGGCAUUUCAUUACCUUCUGGUGCAACGUGGCAUAUGGCACUACAACUAUGGAGCUGGAAAAAGGAGGCCAAGGAUGAACAGUAGGCCUUUUUUGUGAACAUGAAAGAACUGAUGGAACGUGGUAGUUGGCUGUUUUGAAAAAAAGUAUGAAAUGAGUAUAGCUGUACUGAAAUGCUGACACAUGAAAUGAUUUACAUGCACUCUCUCGCAUCUACUGUAUGUUUCUACUCAAAUGUGAAUUGUUGCCUCUCUAUUCUCCAGACAAUUUUACAAUAAUCACCGAAAAAAAUAUCACUUCUUCACGUGUACUUUCAGUACGUGUAAUUAAAAAAGAUCAUACGCUAAUCAGAAAAUUAAGUAAAAAAGUAUAUAAAGUCACCUGAACUUACAUUGCAGUGUUUUCUGCACAUUUGGAAUAAAAGUACACUGCCAGCAUCGGUUUGACAUGGGAAAAGGAGAGCACACAAGGUGGCACAUUCUCCAGUCAGGCACGUUUAGCGAUCAUACUGUUCCCAAAUCCUACCCGUAUACAGGCACACCUCUUCCAAGUGGGCCAGGGCAUGGUACAGUUGGCCCAGCACAGAGCGAUCACACUAGUCAAACAAACUAGACUUUGCAAGGUUACAUGCAGACAAAAGUACUCGGGCAGGGAACGAAUUGCCAGUGUGAAUACACCGUAAAUUUCAAGAUACUUACAUAAAAUGAAUAGUAGUGAGUGUGUCUGGAUCUGGAAAUUACGUAUUUAAAGCAUUUAUAGAUAAAUUAUUCAAGUGGACAGAAAUAUCUCUAAAUCUUAAGAACAUAAUGUAACACCCAGGAAAUCUACUGAAGUAAAUAAAUAUAAAUUGGUAGUAUAUAUGAAUAAGAAUCUAGGAAAGUAGCAUUUCAUUCAUUAUUGGAGAAUAUACUUCAGGGAAGUUUCUAGAAUGAGAGGCAGAGAGCGGUGACUGACUAACCUUGCGCAGGCACCAAUACACAUGAAGUGAGUGAGUGAGAGAGAGAAAAGGUGUACAUUGGGGGAAAAAAAAGUCACAUGGUAACUCCAACUUAGAUAAGCAGGAUUUAAACGGACCAGAAUCGCGGCGUUAAGAAAACAGAGGGUCUAGCUGUUUUUUUUUCCAAUUUACGACUGUCGAGCAGAGAGGAUGAAGCUGCUAAACAAACUGUGGACUAACGGGACUGAUUUUGGAGGAUAUUUUGUUCUUUGUUGAUACGGGGA